AUGGAGGAGGUCGGAGUGAAGAAGCAGCCAGAAACGGCAGAAGGGAAGAAGAAAAGAAAAUGUAAGGAAAAACGGGUAGAAGGCGAUGGAGCUACCUGGCCAAAGAAGAAGAAGAAAGAAAAGAAGUCGAGUGAAAAGAGACAGAGCAGGCGAGAAGAGAAGCGACUGAAGAAGGAAGAGAAGAAGAAGAGGGCGGUAAGCCCAGAUUUCGAUGGAGAAUCCACCACCGCAAGGGUGAAAGAGGGGAAGUCACUGCAAGACAAAGAAUCAGCGCAACCUCAAGUUUCAUCAACGUAUAUACGAAUGGUUGCGACUGAAGAUAAAGAAGAUCCAGACAUUACCCCUCUGAUGCGGUGUCACAAGGAGAAUGCACCGCAAGGGUCAACAAGUGAUUUGGCAAGAAAACUCCAUGAUAAGGAGGUGCGCCGUAACAUGCAAUAUCGGGCAGAAGAGAAAGAAGAAGGCUCAAAAAUGAGCAACACAUACUUCUUGCCUCGGAGUAGUUUGAAAAGAGAUGAGAGGAAAGAAGAAGAAGAAGAAGAAGAAAAGAAGAAAAAUGAGGAGAAGGAAAAACGGCACAAGGCCAAUGUGCAGCGCAUAAGAGAGAGUAAAAGGAAAGAAGUUACGGAAUGGAAAAGGAAACAAGAAGAGCAGCACAAGAAACGGAACGAAAACAAAAACAAAGUCCCAGCCUUGCAUCUACUCAAGAAAAGGGCAAAGAGAAAGUUGGAAGCAGUGAGCUUACGUCAACUAGGAGGCGCCCAUCAAUAA